AUGAGCACCGUUAUCAAUGGAGAACUUCUACCAGACGCAACCUUCACAUAUCCUUUUCGUAUUUUGCUCAGUGGAUCUUCUGGAGCAGGAAAAACUUAUAUCGCAAAACAAGUUCUUUUGAACAGACAUCUAUUUCAAAAGAAGACUAAACGAGUUUUCUAUUAUUAUCCUUGUUUUUUGGAAGAAAAACCAGUGAAGUGGGAUGAUCUUUGUGUCCCUGUAAGCUACAGGGUUGGACUUCCUUCUCAAGAGGAAAUUGACGAGAUUCCGUCACAUUCAACAAUUGUACUCGAUGAUUUAUAUGAAGAAGCGAUUCAAAGUCAAGCGAUCGAUCAUCUGUUUCGAGUGACAAGUGGGAAGCGGAAUUUAAAUGUGAUGAUAAUGACGCAAAAUAACUAUGCUCAAGGAAAAUUCGGGAGAAACAUCAAGCUCAACUGCAACGCUACCUUUCUAUGCAGAAACUGUCUUGAUGGGACAGUUAAUAAACGUGCAUGUAGUCAAGCUGGACUUCUAAAAGCUUACAAAAGAGCAACGGAAGAAAACAAGAACAAACAAUAUCCGUACAUGUUUCUGGAUCAAUCACCCCGAGGCCAUGCCUCGAGCUAUCGUCUCUAUACAGAUAUAUUCACCGAUUAUCCGGUUGUUUUCUCAGUUAGCGGAAUGAAGGCCUGCAUCGUACCAUACAACGAUUUCAAGCAGAAUUUCGAUAUUAUCGCCAGAGACAAUACUUUCGAAGCAGUCGAAAAGAAACAUGAGAAGAAAUACCCGGAGUGCAAAACUAUUGAGUCAACAAGAGUCAAAUCAAAGAUCAGAUGCGACAGUUUUACCGAAGACUCGUCAGAGUCGGAGGUUGAAAGGUCAAGAUCCAGAAAGCGAAACAAGAAGUCGAGUAACGACAAGAAAUCAAAAAGGAAAGCAAAGAAGCGAAGACGACAUUCAACCUCAAGCGAAGCGUCUUCGGAAACCGACGAGGAAGAGAAAUCAAAAUCAAAAAAGAGUAAGCGAAGACGUCCUUCAACCUCAAGCGAAUCAGAUAGCGAAAACAUCAGCUCAGACGAAGUCGAUUCAAAAUCAAAAAAAUCGAAGCGAAGAAGAAAUUCAAGCUCAUCCGAAAGUCCAACCUCCGAAGAAGUCAGCUCUGGAGGAUCAGAUUCAAGCCCUGUACGAAAACGUGGCAAGCGCUCCAGCAUUCUCAGCGAAAGUAGCGGAAUUUCUCCGGAAGAAUAA